CAUUCGAAAUCCUUACUUGUACCAGUUGAUACAUUUUCACUCUUCACUUAAUACUUUCCUAAGAUUGAACAUAGUACAUUAUAAUAGUACUCUCAAUAGCACUACAAUGGCUUCUCAAAGCAACAUCUCCUCCAUUGCCAAUUCCUUUGUCAUCACGCUCUUCAUCCUAUCCAUUCACGCCUCAUCCCAAGCCUUCUCCCGUCCCAUCCUCACCAAGGAUGAGCACAUGUUGAAGAAACAUGAACAGUGGAUGGCCCUACAUGGGCGUGUCUAUAAGAACGCUAUUGAAAAAGAUACCCGUUUUAAGAUAUUUAAAGAAAACGUUAAACUCAUAGAUGCCUUUAAUAAUAACAAUGGCAACGGUUCGGAUUUUAAAUUAGGUUUGAAUGUAUUUGCCGACCUUACAAACGAGGAAUUUUGGGCUACUUAUACCGGGUAUAAGAAGAAGCCCACCAACAUCAUGUCCAAUUUGGAGGCAAAGCCAUUCAGGUAUGGAAACUUCACCGCAGCACCGACUUCCCUGGACUGGAGAGCCAACAGAGCAGUCACUUCUGUCAAGGAUCAAGGAGAGUGUGGAUGUUGCUGGGCAUUUUCGGCGGUGGCAGCGAUGGAGGGAAUAACUAUGCUCAAAACAGGCAAGCUUAUCUCGCUGUCUGAGCAGGAGCUGGUGGACUGUGACACGAGCAUAAACGAGGGUUGUGAGGGCGGUUUCAUGGACUACGCAUUCCAAUUCAUCAAACGGAACGGAGGCCUCUCCCCAGAAGCCAAUUACCCCUAUGAGGGAGAGGACGGGAAGUGCAACAGCAAGAAGGCAGGAAAGAAGGCCGCCAAAAUCACGGGGUACGAGGACGUGCCCUCAAACAGUGAGAAGGCAUUGCUGCAGGCCGUGGCCAACCAGCCAGUUUCAGUUGCAAUUGAGGGGGGCGGGUUCAUGUUCCGGUUCUACUCCGGUGGUGUGUUCACUGGCUCGUGUGGAACUGAGCUGGAUCAUGCGGUUACUGCAGUGGGAUACGGGGCGACCUCUGGUGGGACCAAGUACUGGCUCCUUAAGAAUUCAUGGGGUACUGGGUGGGGGGAGAACGGGUAUAUGAGGAUCCAGAGGGACGUCAGUUCAAAGGCUGGGCUAUGUGGUCUUGCUAUGAAAGCCUCAUAUCCGACAGCAUGAGAUGGGUCAUAAAUAUAAUUAAGGUCUUAUGUUCGUGAAGCCUGCAUUGGUUUGCCUAUAAUUGUUUGCAUGUCCUCUUCAGUAAUGGUAUUUCCAGAAAUUAGUAGACAACUCAUCUGAUUACUAGGUAAUAAAGCAGUGAAGAAGUCAACUAAGACUGAAAUUGAAAGAUUUAUAGGAUUUUUCAUAUGAAUAUUGUUGUGCAAAAUCAAAGAAAUUCUAUAAGAAUUUAAGUUUGUGUAAGCAUCUUCGAUUACAUGUAAAGUUUGUGUAAGCAUCAUUUCCCAGCAACACAUUUGUCCUUUUACAUUA